AUGUAUAAAAAUCCUCUGUCCAAACUAUCAGAUAUGUCCGACAACGAACAUGAGGACAGUCGCGGUUCUAGACACUGCUUCUUCCAGCCCGUGACCCACUGCAUUUUCGAAUUGGAUGGCCUGCUCAUCGACAGCGAACGGCUAAGAACCGAGUCCGUUCAGAAGAUCCUUGAUACUUAUGGGCACACCUAUAGCUUCGACAUAAAGCUGCGAUGCAUGGGUAAGCCGGAGUCGGAUCUGGCCGACGUGGUGGUGAGCAGUUUCAACCUGCCCAUCGGACGGACGGAGUUUGAAAAUCAACACGAACUCCAAUGUCGUGGCAAUCUGGGAAAAAUAAAUUUAAUGCCGGGUGUGGAAAGGCUUCUGAAACAUCUUCAUGCGUCCAAUGUCCCGAUGGCCAUCGGAAGUAACAGCUCUCGGGAUUCAUUUCGCAUCAAAACCCGUCGUCAUUCCAGGCUCUUCGACGCCGUUUUCCACCACGUGGUUUUGAGCGGUUCCGACGGCGAGGUGAAGAAGGCCAAACCAGCUCCGGAUGUUUUUCUCGCAGCCGCUUCAAGAUUCGAGGAUCCUCCGGAGCCGGCGAAGUGCCUUGUUUUCGAGUCCUCACUGCCGGGCAUGGAGGCUGCCUUGGCCGCUGGAAUGCAAGUGGUCUUAGUCCCGGAUCCUUUGGUCUCUGUUCGUAUGAGUGCUGCGGCCACUUUAAGACUGCGCUCGUUGAAGGACUUUAAGCCUCAGUAUUUCGGAUUUCCUGCACUGUAGGUUUCUUUUAAUAUUUGAAUAAAUUUUAAGUGUUUCGAUAUUA